AUGGGGAUCAGAUUCAUAUUGAUGGUGAACAAGCAGGGGCAGACUCGUCUUGCCCAAUACUACGAAUAUCUCACUCUCGAAGAAAGGCGAGCUCUUGAAGCUGAGAUCGUCCGCAAAUGUCUCGCCCGCACCGAGCAACAGUGUUCAUUUGUUGAGCACCGGAACUACAAAAUUGUGUACAGGCGCUAUGCUUCCUUGUUUUUCCUGGUUGGAGUUGAUAAUGAUGAAAAUGAGCUUGCAAUUUUGGAAUUCAUACAUCUGUUAGUUGAAACCAUGGACCGCCAUUUUGGCAAUGUGUGUGAACUAGACAUCAUGUUCCAUUUGGAGAAAGCGCAUUUCAUGCUGGAAGAAAUGGUCAUGAAUGGGUGUAUUGUCGAGACGAGCAAGUCUAGCAUUCUGGCGCCAAUACAACUGAUGGAUAAAAUGUCUUGA